CAAGGCAAGGCAAGGCAAGAGCCAGACGCCGGCUCCUUCUCUUCUGCUUCAGGAGCAGCCUCAGCAGCCUCAGCUCCGUCCGCCCCGUCGAGGCUGCAGACCGGGACCUCCGCCUCGGGAGACCCCCUCCCUGCCGCCCCGAGGCCCUCCCGGGGGCUUCCCUCGGGGGAGGAUGGGGCCGGGGCUGCUCGCCCUCUCCGUGGUGCUGAUGGCGGCGGCGGAGGCUGGCUGCUCCUGCUCGGGGGGCUCCCCCUUCGAGGCGCUCUACGCGGCGGGGCUGGAGGCUCACUCGCGGGGGGACUUCCAGGGGGCGGCGCGGUGCCUGGAAGCGGCGCUGCGGGCCGAGCGGGAGCUCCGCCAGAGCCGCCUCCGCUGCGGGCUCCGCUGCCGCAGGGAAGCCCCGAUCCCCGGGCCGCAGGGCCAGGAAGGGAGCCCCGACGCCGCCGCCUGGGCUCCGCUCCUCCGCCGCGCCAGCUGCCUCCGCAGCUCCUGCCCCGAGGAGGCCCUCCGGGCGCCCGCCAGCCAAGAGGUCCGCGCCGACUUCCAGCGCCGGCUGCCCUACAGCUACCUCCAGAGAGCCUACCUCCAGUUAAACCAGCUGGACAAAGCUGCCGAUGCUGCACACACAUUCUUUCUGGCCAACCCAGAACAUAUGGAAGUGCAGCAAGACCUUGAGAACUAUAAGACCACAGCAGGGAAGGUGGAUUUGGUGGACCGAGAAGCCAAGCCUCACAUGGAGAACUACCUUUCUGGAGUUAGGCACUAUGACAAAGAAGAGUACCACAUGGCCAUUGAUUUCCUAGAACAAGCCCUGCGUGAUUACACUGUUGCUGACACAGAGUGCCGAAUAUUGUGUGAGGGACCACAGAGAUUUGAGGAAUAUGAGUAUCUGGAUUAUAAAGCCAGCUUCUAUGAAGCAAUUGCAGAACACUACAUGCAGGUCCUGGUGUGUCAACAUGAGUGUGUGAGGGAGCUUGCGACACGGCCGGGGCGUCUCUCACCCAUCGACAACUACCUUCCCUUGCAUUAUGAUUUCUUGCAGUUCUCCUAUUACAGAGUUGGGGAUUACAUCAAAGCCCUCGAGUGUGCAAGGUCAUACCUCCUCUUCCACCCAGAUGAUGAAGACGUCUUAGACAAUGAGAGCUAUUAUGAAAGCCUCUUGGAAGGAUCUGUGGACCUGGGGAGCAUCACGCCCAGGAAGGAAGCAGUGACAUUCCUCAGGCGGCAUAAGCUGGAGGGGUACCUUCUACGGACUGGAGCAGCUGGCCUGGGCUUCCUGUACACCGAGCCGAGUUACUGGAGCAUUUCUGGGGUGAGGCAAGAUGAAAACAGGAUACCUUCAGGUAUUCAGAGUGACCAAGCGGACAUCUCUGGGAGGCCAGUAGGAAAGAGGACCAUGCCAAAAGUGGACCGCGAGUUGAGGGAAGGAGGCCCUCUCCUCUUUGAGGAUGUGAAACUGGUCUAUAACUCAGAGCAGCUGAAUGGGACCCAGAGGGUGCUGCUGGACAAUGUGAUCUCAGAGGCAGAGUGCCGGGAGCUGCACCGCAUUGCCAAUGGUGUUCUACUGGCUGGAGAUGGCUACAGAGGGAAGACUUCACCUCACACCCCCAACGAGAAGUUUGAAGGGGCCACUGUUCUCAAAGCUCUCAAGUUUGGUUACGAGGGCCGUGUCCCUCUGCAGAGUGCCCGCCUCUUCUACGACGUCAGUGAGAAAGCCCGCAAGAUUGUAGAAUCCUACUUCAUGCUCAACUCCACCCUCUAUUUCUCCUACACACAUCUCGUGUGCCGGACUGCCCUGUCAGGACAACAGGAGCGGAGGAAUGACCUGAGCCAUCCCAUCCAUGCAGACAACUGCCUACUGGACCCUGAAGCCAAUGAGUGUUGGAAAGAACCGCCUGCCUACACCUUCCGAGAUUACAGUGCUCUCCUGUACAUGAACAAUGAUUUCGAAGGCGGUGAUUUCAUCUUUACUGAGAUGGAUGCCAAGACAGUAACGGCCUCUAUAAAACCCAAAUGUGGGCGCAUGAUCAGUUUUUCAUCGGGUGGUGAAAACCCUCAUGGUGUGAAGGCAGUCACCAAAGGCCAGCGAUGUGCAGUUGCCUUGUGGUUCACUCUCAACCCACUUUAUCGGGAACUGGAACGAAUCCAAGCCGACGAAGUCAUUGCAGCCUUGGAUCAGGAGCAUUUUGGACCCAGAGAACUUGACAUCAACCCCAGAGACGAGCUAUGAACUAGGGCCAUGGACACAGAAUUAAAAUAUUUAUUUAAUAUUUGUUUUUUUUAAAGAGAUUAUCAGAACCCUUUAUUUUUGUACAGAGCCUCGGUAUAAAUUAAUGGAUGGGUUUAACGGGGAACGGCAGAGGGGCACCCAUGCCUGGGUCCCCCUCCUCCUUCUGCACUGGACACAGCUCACGGUGUUCAAAACUGCACAUUUUUCAAAGGCCUUCUCUCAGCGGGAAGAAAACUGUUAGCAUUAAACUAAUUUAGGCUGCCUCUGCACUGCAGAAAUGAUGCAGUUUGACACUGCUUGCACUGCAAUGGCUCUAUCCUAUGGAAUCCUAGGAUUUGUAGUUUGCUGUGACCCCAGAGCUUUCAGACAAAGC